CCUCCUUUAUUUUAGUAGUGUGAAAGAAACUUCCAGCCAUUAGCCAAGACUUUGCUCUUCAGAAUCAACACCAUAAUCUCUCGUUGUUUAUUAAUACUGUAUGUGUUUUGUUGCCAUGUUGAGUUGUAAGGAAAUAGGUGCUUUGAAUUAUUAAAGUUGAUUCUAGAGAAUAGCUGUAUGCUCGGAUGGCAUUUGCUUCGGCAUAUGCAAAUGAUUUAGUUUCAUUUGGGAUCAAUUCCCAGAGGCCCUCCUUUCCUGUGAUGCUCUGAAUUUGGCAAGCUGAAGUCAGUCCCAGUGUUUCUUUUUAUUCUUUCUUUCUCUUUCUCUCUUCUUUCCUUCGGUCUUUCCUUUCAGUUUAGUUGGUUCAGUAUAAAGAAAAUUAAGGGAAAGAAUCUGCCCUCUGAAAAUUAUUGCAGUUUUCAAAUAUUUUAUUUCUCCAUUCUCAUCAAACAAAGGUGAAUUGAAAGAACGUUUGUUGGGUCCACCUAAAUUUGAGCUGGAAUGAUAUCCUUUUUAACUAUAGUGGAAAAAAAUCAGUUUGGGGUACUUUGGGAAGGUUGAGAUAGAAAUAUGACAUUCAAAAGACGCAAAACCCUGGAAAUUUGCAGAUGUGCUGCAGUAGACUUCAAAACUUGACAGCUGUAAGUCAUUCUCAGGUCAAGAUAUUCCAAACUCUCUGCUAAAUACAAACGAAUAAACUGGGGGGGGGGGGGGGCAGAGAAACCAAAAACCACACCAAGGCACCCAACACCUAAACUACGAAAUCGCCAAGUGUGGAUGGCUAUUCAGAGAGCAUUCAGCAUCCCAUUUUAUUACACUGGCUCCUCUUUAAACAAAUGCCUGCUGCAUGGCAAGAUUAAGUUCACUCAUUUACCACUUCUUCUCAUCGAUUAAAGGGAAGCUGAUGGCUUGCAAAACCCCAGGCUUGCAGCAGUGUUACUCUGUUUCAUUCCUCAACCUCGUUUUGUAGGUUGUUGACCAAGCAGUCAGAAAACACUGCCCCUCUCUCCUUUUGAGCGAGGUCAGAAACGUUGUGUUUUUUUUUUCCCUCCCUUUUCUCUGAGUCGAGUUCUCAGGCAGCUGCGUACAAUGCUGGGAGCUAGCCAGCAGCAGAGACAGAUGGCAGAGUUAUUAGAUGUGCAUCAUACGAUUCCCUUCCUGCCACUCGCUUUUUAAUCAAAUUAAAACAAAAAAGAAAGAGAGGGAGAGAGAGAGAGGGGGAGUCAAUUAACUGCAUUUGUAUUCUGCUCAAUAAUGGACCCUAUUCCACUUUUACCCUAAGGCAGUUGAGUGGAAAUUUUUGGGAAGAAAAGGGUGAUUGGAACAAAAAGUGAAGAAUUCAAAAAUGUGUAAGAAUCUGCAUUAUUCGAGAAACUAAUAAAAAUACAUUGGAAAAGUUGAAUCUAUCUCUUGUAUGCAUUAGGAAUUACUGCUAAAUCAGGGCUGGGCUGCUUUCCAGAUUUGCUGUGGAAAGUUAACUGUCUGACAGAAGAGUCCUAGCCACCUCCCCCCACCCUCACGUCAGGAAUGGUCUCUUCCUGCUUUGCAUAUUCACCAUGCUUGGCCCGGCCAUAUGGGAAAAUGCAACUGAAGGAAUUGUUGUGAAAAAAGGGACAGCGAGUUUGAAAUAAAAGUUGUUAGAGUGGUACUGAGGAGAAAAAAGAAUACAAGACCAUGUAUUGCGCAUACACAAUUCCUGGCAUGGGAGGAAACUCUUUGAUGUACUACUAUAAUGGGAAAGCGGUUUAUGCCCCGUCAGCAAGCACUGCCGACUACAAUAGGGACUCACCAGGUUAUCCAUCUUCAAAACCAGCAGCCAGCACUUUUCCUAGCUCCUUCUUCAUGCAAGAUGGCCAUCACAGCAGUGACCCUUGGAGCUCCUCCAGUGGGAUGAAUCAGCCUGGCUACGGAGGAAUGUUGGGCAAUUCUUCUCAUAUUCCACAGUCUAGCAGCUACUGCAGCUUGCAUCCACAUGAACGUUUGAGUUAUCCUUCACACUCCUCAGCAGACAUCAAUUCUAGUCUUCCGCCGAUGUCUACUUUCCAUCGUAGUGGUACAAACCAUUACAGCGCCUCUUCCUGCACACCACCUGCUAAUGGAACAGACAGUAUAAUGGCAAAUAGAGGAAGUGGUGCAGCAGGCAGUUCACAAACUGGCGAUGCUCUGGGGAAAGCACUUGCUUCGAUCUAUUCUCCAGAUCACACUAACAACAGCUUUUCAUCAAAUCCUUCAACUCCUGUUGGCUCUCCUCCUUCUCUCUCAGCAGGCACAGCUGUUUGGUCUAGAAAUGGAGGGCAGGCAUCAUCAUCGCCUAAUUAUGAAGGACCAUUACAUUCUUUGCAAAGCCGAAUUGAAGAUCGCUUGGAAAGACUGGAUGAUGCUAUUCAUGUUCUCCGGAACCAUGCAGUUGGACCUUCAACAGCUAUGUCUAGUGGUCAUAGUGAUAUGCAUGGAUUAAUAGGACCUUCUCAUAAUGGUGCCAUGGGCGGUCUUGGAUCAGGAUAUGGGACAGGUCUUCUUUCUGCCAACAGGCAUUCACUCAUGGUGGGUGCCCAUCGCGAAGAUGGUGUGGCUCUAAGAGGCAGCCAUUCUCUUGUGCCAAACCAGGUUCCAGUCCCACAACUCCCAGUUCAGUCGGCCACUUCCCCUGACUUGAACCCUCCUCAAGAUCCAUACAGGGGCAUGCCAGCUGGAUUACAGGGGCAGAGUGUAUCCUCAGGUAGCUCUGAGAUCAAAUCCGACGAUGAGGGAGAUGAAAACCUGCAAGACACAAAAUCUUCUGAGGACAAGAAAUUAGACGACGACAAGAAGGAUAUCAAAUCAAUUACUAGGUCAAGAUCUAGCAAUAAUGAUGAUGAAGAUCUUACACCGGAGCAGAAAGCAGAGCGUGAAAAAGAAAGGAGGAUGGCCAACAACGCCCGUGAGCGCCUGCGCGUGCGUGACAUUAAUGAGGCUUUCAAGGAGUUGGGCCGCAUGGUGCAGCUCCAUCUGAAGAGUGACAAGCCCCAGACAAAACUCCUGAUCCUCCACCAGGCAGUAGCCGUCAUUCUCAGCUUAGAGCAGCAAGUGCGAGAAAGGAAUCUGAACCCUAAAGCGGCAUGCCUGAAAAGAAGGGAAGAAGAAAAAGUAUCUUCAGAGCCUCCUCCUCUCUCUUUGGCGGGACCUCACCCUGGAAUGGGAGAUGCAUCGAAUCAUAUGGGACAGAUGUGAAAUGGUCCAAGUUGCCACAUUUCUUCAUUAAGACAAGAGACCACUUCCUUAACAACUGUAUUAUCUUAAACCCACAUAAACACUUCUCCUUAAUCCCCUUUUUUUGUAAUAUAAGACAAGUCUGAGUAGUUAUGAAUCACAGACGCAAGAGAUUUCAGCAUUCCCGAUUAUCAAAAAACAAAAAACAAAAAAAAGUGCAACUUGAGGGACGACUCUCUUUAACAUAUCAUUCAGAAUGUUUAAAGCAGAAUGUUGCGAGCUGUGACACGCAGCCCAGAGACUGAAUGGCAAUCUUCUCCACACUGUGGAACAAUGCAUUUGUGCCUAAACUUCUUUUGGAAAAAAAAAAUAUAAUUAAUUUGUAAGUCUGAAAAAAUAUUUAAUUUAAAAAUUGUAAACUUGCAAUAAUGAAAAAGUGUACUUCUGAAGAAAACUACAUGAACGUUUUUGUUGGUGUUGUAGUCACCUAGUGUUUAUACUUACUGGAUAUUGAAGGGGGAGCUUUGCUGCCCUAGUUACAAAACCAGCAAACGUCCUAAUGAAAAUGAAGUGAUGACAUUAGCCAUUCCUUAGGGUAGGAGGAACAGAUGGAUCUUAUAGACCUAUGACAAAUAUAUAUAUAUAAAUAUAUAUAUAAAUAUAUAUUAAAAAUUUAGUGAAUAUGGUAAGCUUUUGUUCAUUUGUUUCAGACUUUUUUCUCCUGUAAAAAAUAGUACUGAUUAACUUUUUUAAAAAAAAGAUUUUACUGUAAAUACGGAUUUUUUUGUCUUAUUUCUGUCCCUCUCCCCUGGUUUGUUAUUGUAACCUGUAGUGCCAACUCUGUCUCUGGAGGGGGAGUACAGGAUGAAAUGCUGACCCUGAUGUUGCUUCUCAUUCAUAAAUAAGUAGAAAGUUGUUUCUCCAGUGUUUUGGGAACACAGGACUUAAAAGUCACAUCAUGUGUAGAUAUUACAAGCAGCAUUACCAAGACGUGGCAAAAAUGAAUUUGUCGGAAUCGUAAUGUUGCUCGUGUGACCCUAUUCUGGGAUUUUCAGAGGUACAAGGUUAGAAUGCUACAAUGUUACCACUGUGCCUUCCAAUGUUUAUAUCAUCAGAAACAUAACAUAAUCAAAGUGGCUGUGAUUUAAAACGAUUAAAGUGUUACCUACAUGUGUAGCCUAAGUAGUGUGCAGUGAGGCGUUUCUGAAUACAUGGUCAGAUUUUUGAAGAAAAAAAAAAUAAACAUCAAAUCAGAAAAUUGCAAGUAGUGUGAUAGAUAUGAUUGGUUUUCUUUCUUCUUUUUUUUUAAUUUAAAAAGAUUUUUUUUCUUUCUAAGUGGGUUUACUCAAGUGUAGACCCCCUUUCCUCUGCCUCCUCCUUAGUUUGAAAAAUGCCAAUAUCCAAUCAUCAUGCAGCAUUAUAACAAGCCUUAUAAGUCCUAAAGCAUUAAGUUGCACUUUCUCAAGGAGGGGUAGUACAGUAUUUCUCUGGCCAGUAUGAAUGAAGUUUAUAUUUAACAUAUUUGAUAGUAACAUAGAUCAAGCUAUGUGGCACAGCAACUCAUCAGAUAACUAGCUUUGAAGUCUGGGCACGAUUGAACCAACUUCCAUAGUGAAUCUUAUAACGAUUGACUUUGGUGUAUAGUACAGUUAACAGGUAGUGCUCCUAGUUAAGUAUUUGUCAGCAUCCUUUUGUCUCUAAUUCUAGUUUCUAUUUUUACAGCCACACAAAACUUGGCAUGUAUUUAAAAAAGAAAAAAAAAACUCCCUGUUCAAGUAGAUUUUCCACCUAUCAGCACUGAGUAAAUGCCAUACAUCCAUCAAAAUGGUCUGAAUGUUCCAUCUGUUCUCCUGUUUUGCCAGUUAUAUAGUAAUGAAAAAGACAUUUGUAAAUUUUAUGCAACAAAUGGCAAACGUAUCAUUAUUUUGAAAUUGUGUAUGUAAAAGUUAUAUUUUUACAUGUAGACUCUUGUUAUUAUGUGUUUUAAUACAUUGUAUCAGUUUUUGUUUAAAAAAUCUGUGUGAUUGAAAAAAAGUCUCAUUUAAAUGAAAUAGUGAGAUACAAGAAUCUGAAUUUUAUGUUCAUUUCUGAAAACGUGAAGAACAAAUAAGAUAGUUACCAUGUGGUCACCUUUACACACCCAUUAACAUUUUGAUUACCUGUGUGUAUGUUGAAAACUGUAAAUAUGUUCAGUAGAAGUAAAACUAAAAUGCUUUGAUUUGUUGAUAAGUUCCUAAAAUGUGGAGGUGGAUUAAAAACCUUAGGAAAAUAGCAGGACUCAAACUCUAUGAAAAGCUGUUCCAUUUAGGUUUACCAUUGAAAAUCCUGUAUGAAAGAGAGGUGGGGGAAAGUAGUCUGGUUUGCAGGAAGAGGGGUGUAGAAGAAGCAAGUUCACCUUCCAAGUGAUUGGAACCCUUGUGUUCUGGGUUCCUUCGAAGGUUCAAGGUGCCAUUGUGCCAGGUCAUUCAUUCGACACUCAUACUGUACCAAGGCUGGUCUCCCCAAGCACAGUUUUAUUUCAGAAGCAGAUAUGCCCUUUGAUCACAUUCAGGACAAGUGUACACUACAAAAUACAGUGUUUACUCUAGGCAACUGGAAAUACUCCUUUGAUUUAUGCACAUUUUAAGAACUGCACUCUUGAUCAAUGUUAAGGUGCUUUAUGAAGCUGAAUUAAAGUUUUUCAAAUCUGUGAACAAAACAAAACAAUUAAAUUGUAGUCAUUUGAUUUUCUUUUAGAGAAAUUGGUGCUUUCUAUUUUGUUCUCUCUUGAACUAAGAGCUGCAAUCCAUUAUUAAACCAGCUUUGAUGUUUCCAUUAUUCUGUAAUGCAGUACCUUGAUAGUUGCUUUUCCCUUGGAAAUAAAUGAAAAGACCUUUUUCCUAGUGACCAGAAACCUCCUCAUUGCUUUGAGCUCUGUGGAGAAAUAUGAUCCGCACCAAUAAUUAUUAUUCUGGAUGUACCCAUAUUAAAAAGUUGAAAGGGGAAGUGGGCUUUUUUUUUGUUGUGUUGAUUUUUUUUUGUUGUUGUUUUUUAAUUAACUAGUCAAGCCCUGGUAAACCAUUGGUAUCCUAUACUGGAUUUGUGGAUGAAAUUUAGCCGAAGCAGUGAAAAGCAGUAUAAAGUCUCCUAAGGGUCCAUCCUACAUUCUAUAUGGUGAUACCAAGACUGUGGAAAUGUUUAAAAAGCAACUUGGAACACCUGAUCCACCUCCACAUUCAAGUAAUUUAUGAAUAUGCAGAAUAGGGAUCUGUUCAUCUAGAAAAUCUUACCAUUUGUCUUCUGUGUAACUGCAAGGAACACUAAUGUUUAUACAACUGUCAGUCCUACCAGUGAUGCAACUUGUUCUGAUCAGUCUUCCGAUUUCCUUUUUCUUUGUGUGUGUGUGUGUGUGUGUGUGUGUGUGUGUGUGUGUGAGUGAAUGUAUCUUUAUUUUGCAAGGGUGUGUGGGAAGGGAGGUAAGGGAUGGAGGGGUAGAGGACAAGCCAAUAAUUGGGUAAAAGAAGAGUUUUCAUCUUUGCAUUCGAAAGGCAGCACAGCGUCUGCGUCCAAAUGAGAGUCAGGAAUGAAACAAUUUCAGCAUAAACAAGCACACACUAACACACACAUGCACACACGCACACACACAAGUCUGCUGGCUGACUGGGAUUAAAAAAAAAAGUCAAAGUUAAAAUGAAAUAGGAUGAAUUCCAACACAAUGGGGGCACCAAGGCCUUUGGGCCUCUCUUUAUGUUUCUUUUGGUUUCCUUUGUUUUUCUUUAAAGACACAUUUUUUUUCUCAUGGGGCUUGAAGCUGAUUCAUCUUUGUGCAGUGCUGGUUUGACCAUACUCAUUUCAAGUAUUAUAGACAUAUGUAAUGGUGAAAAUAUAUGAACUGUGGCCUUUUUCAUUCUUGUUACUUGUGAUGCAAUUAAGUGAAGAUAAGAAAAAAAAGCAGAGAUUUACCAUGUAUCAGUGCCUGGCUUUUUGUUAUAAAGCUUUGUUUGUCUAGUGCUCUUUUUGCUAUAAAAUAGACUGUAGUACACCCUAGUAGGAAAAAAAACUAAAUUUAAAAAUAAAAAUAUAUUUGGCUUAUUUUUCGCAGGAGCAAUCCUUUUAUACCAUGAAUAUUACAAAAAAAAAAUUGUCAGAUUCUGAAUAUUUCUUCUUUGUAGAUUUUUGGAAUCAUUCUGAGUAAAAGUUUGUUACUUUAUUUUACUAUUUAAAAGAUGUUAUUUUACCAUGUGUUACUGAGAUGAAACUGUAUGGUAGCUUUUUUUUUUUAGUUGUAGGUCGCAGCGGGGAAAUUUUUUGCGACUGUACACAUAGCUGCAGCAGUAAAAAGAAAAAAUUGUUUAAAAAAAAAGAAAAAAAGGGAAAACAUUUCAAAAAAAUCUAUAUAACAGUUACACCUUGUUUUCAAUGUGUGGCUGAGUGCCUCGAUUUUUUCAUGUUUUCGGUGUAUUUCUGAUUUGUAGAAGUGUCCAAACAGGUUGUGUGCUGGAGUUCCUUCAAGACAAAAUAAACCCAGCUUGGUGUAGGCCAUAACCUGUUUCUCAUCUGUAGUUAUUCGAUGAAGUCAUGUACAUGACCGUUCUGUAGCAAUAAAUGUGCCAUUUUUAUAAA